GUAUUUAAAAUUAUCUUCUCACAACUCUCACCAAACUCCCCAAACUGAGACGAAAUCUGAAAAUCCGGUGACGGACCGUUGUUCAUCCAUAAUUUAAUCCGAUCGAUGGCUGAGAAGUCAUUCAAGUACGUGAUCGUCGGUGGUGGCGUCGCUGCGGGAUAUGCUGCUAGAGAAUUUGCCAAGCAGGGAGUUAAACCUGGUGAACUGGCUAUCAUCUCCAAAGAGGCGGUUGCACCUUAUGAACGUCCAGCACUUAGCAAGGCAUACCUAUUUCCUGAGGGUACGGCAAGACUUCCAGGUUUUCAUGUGUGUGUUGGAAGUGGUGGAGAGAGGCUGCUUCCUGAGUGGUACACUGAGAAAGGGAUAUCAUUGGUACUUAGCACAGAAAUUGUCAAAGCAGAUCUUGCUUCAAAGACACUGAUAAGUGCAGCUGGUGAAACCUUUAAGUAUCAGAUACUGAUAAUAGCAACUGGUUCUACUGUCAUUAGAUUGUCUGACUUUGGUGUACAAGGGGCUGAUGCUAAAAACAUCUUUUAUCUGAGAGAAAUUGAUGAAGCUGAUGAACUUGUAAAAGCAAUCAAAGCAAAGAAAAAUGGCAAGGCUGUAGUUGUUGGUGGAGGAUACAUAGGUCUGGAGCUAAGUGCAGCUUUGAGAAUCAAUAAUUUCGAUGUCAGCAUGGUUUUCCCAGAACCUUGGUGCAUGCCUAGGCUAUUUACUGCUGGCAUAGCUGCCUUCUAUGAAGGUUACUAUGCAAAAAAGGGAAUCAAAAUCAUCAAGGGCACAGUAGCUGUUGGAUUUGGCACCAAUGGAGAUGGGGAAGUUACAAAUGUAAAACUUAGGGAUGGUAGGGUGCUAGAAGCAGACAUUGUUGUUGUUGGUGUAGGUGGAAAGCCACUUACAACAUUAUUUAAGGACCAUGUUGACGAGGAGAAGGGUGGGAUUAAGACAGAUGCUUUCUUCAAAACAAGUGUUCCUGAUGUAUAUGCUGUGGGAGAUGUUGCCACCUUCCCUAUGAAAUUGUAUGGAGAGACUAGAAGAGUUGAACAUGUUGAUCAUGCUCGCAAAUCUGCAGAACAGGCUGUAAAGGCAAUUUUCGCAAGCGAACAAGGAAAAUCAAUCAGUGAAUAUGACUACCUUCCAUAUUUCUAUUCCCGUUCCUUUGACCUAUCAUGGCAGUUCUACGGUGACAACGUGGGCGAGACCGUGCUCUUUGGAGACAGCAGCCCAGAAUCUCCUAACCACAAGUUCGGAUCAUACUGGGUAAAAGAUGGGAAGGUAGUUGGUGCCUUUUUGGAGAGUGGCACUGCCGAAGAGAACAACGCGAUUGCUAAAGUUGCAAGGGUCCAGCCUCCAGUGAGCAGCUUGGAUCAGUUAGCCGCUGAGGGUCUCAUCUUUGCCAGUAAAAUUUGAAAUUAUUCUUUGGACAUAGUAGAAACUGUGGUGGUUUGUUCCAUACAAUGUAGACUAUGCUUUGUCACAGCGUCUCAUCUGCCAGUGAUCGGCUGGAUUUCCUCUAAAUUUCUCGAUAUGGAUACACUGAUCUUAAAGUAUUUCCUUGGAAAUAACGCUGUCCGACCUACAUGAUACUAUCAGUUGCUGUCCCAGUAGAUGCCUUGUACGUUGUGUGUGUCUUGGAUUUAUUGAGAAAAAUAUUAGGGAAAAAAUAACAUAAUGUUGUACUUUAUUAUUUGUAUCCUUCCAAAUAUAAGUGUUACUUGUGAUAUUUACUUUCAUUCUUCCUUAAAUAACAAGAAUACAAAUUUCCUUA